AUGAUCUCUGAAGGUCCAGACGCUGAGGUUUUUGUAUCAGAGGGUUUCGCUGUGGAAGGAUCAGGAGGAUCUAACGAGUCCAACAAGUACCUCAUCUUUGGGACAGGAACAAAACUUUAUGUAACAGAGGUCAGAAAGCAGGAACCUGAGGUGAGCCUGUACUCCGCGGCUCCGGACCGGAAGGAGCCGCGGCUGGACCGGAAGGAGCCGCUGCUAUGCGUCGCUUCAGGAAUGUUUCCGCCUGUGAUCCGGUUCACCUGGAAAAGGAAGAAGGAGGACGGGAAGGAGGAGGUUCUUCCUGCUGGAGCGGAGCAGCUGGAGCUCAGCGAGUCGGGUCGGUUCUCCUCCAUCAGGAUGGUGGAUCCGGAUCCUCAGCACAUCUACGAGUACCGCUGCUCCGUCCAACAUGAAGGGGGCGCUAAAGAGUCUCCCUCAAAAACAGUUCUCCCCCGCCCGCCCGGCCCUCCACCCCCCACCAGGUCUCUGGGCUUCAGCCAGCAGCUCGUCUUCCUCAUCUACUCGCUGCUCAUCGCCAAGAAUCUGCUCUACUUCUGCAGCCUCUUCCUGAUCAGCGUCUGUGGAACCAGCAGAGCUGAGUGAUGGUUCCCAGUUUGUCCUGGAAACCAGCAGAGCUGAAUGAUGGUUCCCAGUUUGUCCUGGAAACCAGCAGAGCUGAGUGAUGGUUCCCAGUUUGUCCUGGAAACCAGCAGAGCUGAAUGAUGGUUCCCAGUUUGUCCUGGAAACCAGCAGAGCUGAGUGAUGGUUCCCAGUUUGUCCUGGAAACCAGCAGAGCUGAAUGAUGGUUCCCAGUUUGUCCUGGAAACCAGCAGAGCUGAAUGAUGGUUCCCAGUUUGUCCUGGAAGCUUCCAGACAUGAAUGUAAAACUUUCUGUUCAAACUGGAUCAUAAAUAUGAAAACGGUUCUACAUGCUGCAUUUCUAUACGGUUCAUCCAACAGGAGAUAAAAACGUCAUUAAUCAUUUUAGGAAUGUGAAAAUAUUUUUUUAUCUUUUGAAUGAAAAAUUACAUAAAUCUGCUUUGUUUACAUUUAAUGUUUUUAUUGCAAAUAAUUUCUUUCAUUUUAUUCUUUACUCAGUUUAUGAAUGUUUUUUUUUCUGCCAGCUGAAAAUCUUUUAACCUGAAUUAAAUCUGAAUAUUUUUUCUUUAUUAGUCUGAAUGUAAAGUGAUUUUCUAUAUCCCAUAAAUCUGGUGAAAUAAAAUGUAAUUAAUAAA